AUGGAGUUCCUUGAAAGAACUUAUCUUGUGAAUGACAAAGCCACCAAGAUGUACGCCUUCACAUUAGACAGUGCAGAUCUCCAGCAGAAACCUGCGAAUAAAGAUCAAUGUGCUGGGGAGAAGCCACAGGAGCUGGAGUCUGGAGAUACCUAUAACUGUCAUGGCAACGCCAAGGCCCCAGAGAACAGGGCAAAGGAGCAGGUCUACGCCAGGUGGAAACUCUGUGCUGCUUCGGGAAUAUGCUUUGUCUUCAUGAUUGCUGAGGCCGUGGGGGGCCACAUUGCUGGGAGUCUUGCUGUCGUCACAGAUGCUGCCCACCUCUUAAUUGACCUGACCAGUUUCCUGCUCAGCCUCUUCUCCUUGUGGUUGUCUUCAAAACCUCCCUCCAAGCGGCUGACAUUUGGGUGGCACCGAGCAGAGAUCCUCGGUGCCCUGCUCUCCGUCCUGUGUGUCUGGGCAGUGACUGGUGUGCUGGUGUACCUGGCAUGUGAGCGCCUCCUGUACCCGGAUUACCAGAUCCAGGCAACCGUGAUGAUCAUCGUUUCGGGCUGUGCAGUGGCAGCCAAUGUCAUACUAAGUGUGAUCUUGCACCAGAGACGUCCUGGUCACAAUCACAAGGAAGAGCAAGCUAACGCCAGCGUCAGAGCAGCCUUUGUGCAUGCCCUUGGAGAUCUAUUUCAGAGCAUCAGUGUGUUAACCAGUGCACUUAUUAUCUAUUUUAAGCCAGACUAUAAAAUGGCCGACCCUAUCUGCACCUUUGUCUUUUCCAUCCUGGUUUUGAUCAGCACCAUCACCAUCUUAAAGGACUUCUCCAUCUUACUCAUGGAAGGGGUGCCAAAGAACCUGAGCUACAAUGCUGUGAAAGAGCUCAUCUUAGCAGUGGACGGGGUGGUGUCUGUGCACAGCCUGCACAUCUGGUCUCUCACAAUGAACCAGGUGAUUCUCUCAGCACAUGUUGCUGCAGCAGCCAGCUGGGACAGCCACGGUGUUCGGAGAGAGGUCGCUAAAGCCCUCAGAAAUCGCUUUCCUGUGCAUUCACUCACCAUUCAGAUGGAAUCUCCAGCCGACCAGGACCCCGACUGCCUUUUCUGUGAAGAUCCCCAGGACUAG